GCCCUCACACGCGCUCCCAGCUUGCCGCGGCGCCUGCGCAGUGGCAGUGAGUGGGCCUUGAGGUCGCGUCUUGCCGGGGUCUCCGCGGUCCCCAGCGCUCGCCCGCGCGGUCCUGCUACGGUCUUCCCGCUGCCCGCGCCAUGGGCUUCAGCUCCGACUCCGCUGUGCGAGUUGAGUGGAUCGCAGCCGUCACAUUUGCUGCUGGCACAGCUGCUCUCGGUUACCUGGCUUACAAAAAGUUCUACGUUAAAGAGAAUCGCACCAAAGCUAUGGUGAACCUCCAGAUCCAGAAAGACAACCCAAAGGUGGUGCAUGCCUUUGACAUGGAGGACCUAGGAGAUAAGGCUGUGUACUGUCGCUGCUGGAGGUCCAAAAAGUUCCCGUUCUGUGACGGGGCCCACAUAAAGCACAACGAAGAGACUGGAGACAACGUGGGGCCUCUGAUCAUCAAGAAAAAAGAAACUUAAUGGACAGUUGCCUUGCUGCACCCCAGCGUGUUGUGAUGUCACCUGAUCGUUUAAGUAGAAUGGCACCCACUCUGUCUGAUUGGCCUCCCCGGGCUCUAGAUGUGGUUGGUACCUUGCAAAUCGCAGCUUUCAUAUUCAUGGCGUCAGCCUUGCUAUUGACACACCGUGGUGCACAUUUGUUGAAAGAAGAAGAAAAGGCUAAGCCGACCUCAUGGUAUAUGGGUUCUUUUGGUCUUGUAAGGAUCCGUUCCUUUAAAAUAAUGGUCUUAGAAUAUAGUUGUAUCUGAGGUUAACGUAUUAAAUUAUUCUCAAAAUCA